AAUGCCAAAGUCGAAAUGAGGAGUGAAGAAGAAGGGUUUCAGGGUUCCUGGCACCCGGGGACUGUGAUUUCCAUCGACUGCAAACGACGUCGUCACGUCAAGUACCAUAAUUUUCAGAACGAUGAUGGCACUAGUGUUGUUGAUGUCGUUCCCGUUUCACCCAUUCUGGAUGGCCUUGAUUCCGGCAAUGUGGACCGGAGUUGCUAUCGGGGGAGUAUAAGGCCUUUUCCGCCCAAGCUUGAGUUAUCAAAAUCUAAACUUGAGUAUGGUCUCUGUGUUGAUUAUUUUCUUGAUGAAGCUUGGUGCGAAGGUGUCAUCUUCGAUCAUAAUGAUGGUUCAGAGGAGAGGAUGAUCUUCUUUCCGGAUUUGGGGGAUGAGCUCAAGACUGGAAUUGAUAAGCUGCGAAUUACGCAGGACUGGGAUGAGGCUACAGACAGUUGGCAGCAGCGUGGGGUGUGGGUGUUUCUUGAGCUGAUAGAGAAAUACAAGCAAGAAUGUUUCAUUGCUGGUGUGUCCCUGAAACAGAUUUGGUAUGACGUGCGGGUCACAGAGGGGUUUGAGGAGAAUAUCAAGGAGUGGACGUGUCCGAUUAGAGAUGUGUGGGAAGAGCUGGUGGUGAAGGUAAUUGAUGAUAACAGAAACAUCACUGUAGAUGCACUGAUCAGAGAUUUGGAUUGGGCAAGAUGUAUGCCACCAGAGGCAGAGGAGAGUCAAGAGACUCAGGUAAUUGAUGAUAACAGAAACAUCACUGUAGAUGCACUGAUCAGAGAUUUGGAUUGGCCAAGAUGUAUGCCACCAGAGGCAGAGGAGAGUCAAGAGACUCAGGUAGAUUUGGAUUCUGCUGAAUUUGUUUCUAAUGCUACUCCUAUUGCCUGGUUGGAUCCCAAAUCCAACGCGGUAGUCCCUUUUUCUGAUUUACCCAAGUGUAUUCUGCCUUUGGAAGAUAAGAACCGGCUCAGCUGUAACCUGGUAUAUUCUAGGAAGAGAACCGGUAGUUUUAGGAGGAAAUUGGGAACAAUGCAGAUGGCUACUCCAACUCCAAGUAGUUGUAACCUUGUAUAUUCUAGGAAGAGAACCGGUAGUUUUAGGAGGAAAUUGGGAACAAUGCAGAUGGCUACUCCAACUCUAAGUACUACAAGCUGAAGAAGAUAUCAGGUAAUGCAUGAUUAACAGCAGCCAUAGCUAGUUGAAUUAGAUUGUAAAUGUACUUUAAGUAGUUUUGUGCAGUAUGGUCGUGCUUUUAACAGAUCUUGAAGUCAUUUCUUAUGCUUUUUUGGUACUUGGUGUGACCGAGUAAUCUUUUGGAGCUUUGAUAGUGUGGAAAGUAAGGUAGUUCAAAGAAUGGCAUACAUUGUAGUUGUAAGAAGUCUAUUGGGAACCAUUGAGCUUCAAGUACUGCAAGCUCAGGGACGAUAUCAGCCAGUAUAAGCUGUUUAGCAGCUAUCACUGCUUGAACUAAAAUCAUGUAUCUUACUGUGCUUGUAUGUCCUAUGUUCAUAUAUGCAACUGUUGUUUAUGUC